AAGAAGUGGAAGAAGUUCUCUGCUGCCUGACUAAACUCUUUUCACCUCUCCAACCAGGAGUUACAGCCUCUAUAGAGCCAACUUGGAUUCUUCAUUCCCUCUCCUGGCUUCUCCAGUGAGCUGCUCUGCUCAAUCUAUGCUGAGCUCGCCUUUUGAUCUCUGCAUCUGUUGAAACUCGUCAGCCAGGUGAAGGGGAUUAUAUCUCUCUCAGCCAAAACUUUUUCAGCUGUCGUUUAGUUAAAUUGCAGGACAAUUGGACUGCUCUCCCUCGCUCUUCCUCCCUCUCUCACUAUUCUCUUCUCUCUGUGUCCAGCCCUGCCUCAUGCUCUGAGUGAGUCUGUGUCUGGCUGUGGCUUGGAGCUCCAGAAUCUUCCUCACCGGAGAGAAGGCAUGGAACACGAGAGUAGAAAACUGAGAGGUAGAAUUCAGAUAUAGAACACUUCGGUAGAAUUUCUGAGUAGCGUUCUGAGCUGGAACUUUUAGCAAGAUUUUGGGAAAUCUGAACUAGAAUACAGAGCUGGAAUACUUAAUCGGAACACUGAGCUGGAACUUUUCAGUGGAACAUUGAGGUAGAAUCCUGAGCCAGGUAGCGUAAGGAGGAUGGGAGGUCAUAUCGCAGUGGUGUGUUUGGUUCUGCUGGCCCUAUGCUGUGUGCUACUGCCCAGAGCAGGGGAGAGUGCAGGAGGCAUUGUCUCUUUAGGCCAGGCUGUAGAGGAGAGAGGGAUGGAGGCCCUAUAUGGAGAGGAGUCCCAGGAUGAACCAGCUAAAGAAGAGGAACUCACAGAGACACAAAGCCAGACUAGCAAGGAAAAGAGAGCCACAGAGGAGGAUGCCCUACCAGCCAGGGUCAGGAGAGCCGAAGAGGAAGAGGAGGGCAAAGGGGAUAAAAAGAAGGGCAAGAAAGACAAGAAAGACAAGAAAGACAAGAAAGACAAGAAGAACAAGGAGCCCAAAGUGCCCAAGGCCACCAAGAAGCCUAAAGCAGACAAAAAGCCAAAGAAGGGCAAAGAAAAGGAGCCACGAACAGAAGCACCUACAACUCUACCACCCACAACUACCACACUACCACCCACAACUACCACACCACCACCUACAACUACCACAGAGGUGUACACAGAAGCAGAACCUGACCCAUACCCAGACUACCCCUACUCAGACAACGAGGAUGACUACUGGAAGCCAGAUGAGGAGGAGCCCGGAGGCCCAGUGGUCGACCCAGAAGAUGACUAUUGGAAGGGAGAGAACCCAACGGCCACGCCCCCCACUCCUGUGGUGGAUGGAAAGGUGGACAAGGGAGACGAGGACUACUGGGACGCCAGAUACGAGGAGCCCGAGAAUCUUCCUUUCCCUGAUGGUACAGUGGUCAUCCCCACAGAGAAAGAUGACUGGAGCUAUGCUGUUACAGAGGAGCUUGUUACACCACCACCCACCUAUGAAAGCCCAUGGUACGAGGAGUAUGACUACGGGCAUAGUGGUGGACAGAUGAAAAAACAGGAGGAGAGAGAGACCCAAAGGAAAGAAAAGGAGAGAGAGGAUAGAGAGAGAGCUCAGCAGAGGAGGGAGAAGGAAGAGCGGGCCAAAGCCAAGAAGAGACCACACGUAUUCAAGGAGCCCAAAAAGUGUCCUCCCCUGGGUAUGGAGUCUCAUAGGAUAGAAUCAGACCAGCUGCUGGCCUCCUCCAUGUCUCACUACCGCUACAGCCAAGCCAGGGCACGACUCAACAUACAGGCUUCGGAUGAUGAGGAGGACAUGCAUGGUGGGGCGUGGUGUCCUAACCCAGAGGACAAUAUUCACUGGUUUGAGAUGGACGCUCGCAGAGCAACAGAGUUUACUGGGAUCAUAACACAGGGACGAGACUCACGCAACGAGAGUGACUUUGUGACAUCGUACUACGUGCAAUUCAGUAAUGACAGCAGAGAAUGGAAAACCAUCCAUGACGGUUACUCUGACUGGUUGUUUUUUGGUAACUCUGAUAAGGAUACCCCUGUGCUGAAUCAGUUAGCUGAGCCCAUGCUAGCGCGCUACAUCAGAGUUAUCCCUCAGAGCUGGAAUGGUAGUUGCUGUAUGAGGCUGGAGGUACUCGGCUGCCCACUGCCUGACCCCACCAGUGCCUACCAGAGGCUGCAGAAUGAGGUGAUUCCUGUCCAGUACCUGGACUUCAGACAUCACAACUACUCAGACAUGGUCAUGAUGAUGAAGUCUGUGUCUGAGGAGUGUCCCAACAUCACCAGUAUGUACAGCCUGGGUCGCAGCUCCAACGGACUGGACAUCCUGGCCAUGGUGAUAUCAGGCAACCCCACAGAACACGAGAUAGGUGAGCCGGAGUUCCGCUACACGGCCGGUCUCCAUGGAAACGAGGCGACGGGGCGGGAGAUGGUUCUUCUUCUGUUGCAGUACCUGUGUAAGGAGUACAAUGAUGGCAACCCCAGAGUGCGCCGCCUGGUGGAGGGAAUACGUAUCCACCUGGUGCCCUCACUCAACCCUGAUGGGCAGGAGAAAGCCCUCACAGUGGGUUCCGAGCUGAGUGGUUGGACAACAGGCCACUGGACGGAGGACGGCCAUGACAUCUUCCAGAACUUCCCUGACCUGAACAGUGUUUUGUGGGAGGCCGAGGACAAGGGCAUGGUGCCCAAACUGACCCCCAAUCACCAUGUCAAGAUCCCUGCAGAUCAAGAGGGGGAUGACAGGAUUGCUGUGGAGACUCGAGCCAUCAUCUUGUGGAUGGAGAGCCACCCAUUCGUACUGGGGGCCAACUUCCAGGGGGGAGAGAGGUUCGUGGCGUACCCCUACGACAAUCACCGCCUAACCAUGACCGCCGGCGCCAGCACCAGAGAGGGCAAGAGAGAGAGGGCACAGAGCCGCAAGAAGAGACAGUACGAGGAGUUUGAGGAGCCGGAGGAAGAUGAUAGAAACAGGGGAUACCAGCAGCCAGAAGAAGACCAGUGGAACAGGGGAUACCAGGAGCCAGAAGAAGACCAGUGGAACAGGGGAUACCAGCAGCCGGAAGAAGAACAUUGGAACAGGGGAUACCAGCAGCCAGAAGAAGACCAGUGGAACAGGGGAUACCAGCAGCCAGAAGACCAGUGGAACAGGGGAUACCAGGAGCCGGAAGAAGACCAGUGGAACAGGGGAUACCAGCAGCCGGAAGAAGACCAGUGGAACAGGGGAUACCAGCAGCCAGAAGAAGACCAGUGGAACAGGGGAUACCAGCAGCGAGAAGAAGACCAGUAUAACAGGGGAUACCAGCAGCCGGAGGAGGAGGGGAGGGGACAUGGCUAUGGACACAGGGAAGAGGAAGAGGAGGAUGACAGAGGGAGAGGGGGGUACGCAGAGCCUGAGGAUGAACCCAGGGCCACAGCAGAUGCCUCCUUUUUCAGGUGGUUGGCCAUCUCUUAUGCCUCUACUCACCUGUCGAUGACAUACACUUCCCACGGCUCCUGUCACGGCAAUGACAUCACUGGAGGCGUUGGAAUCGUCAAUCGCGCCAAGUGGCAGCCCGUCAAAGGAAGUAUGAAUGACUUCAGCUACCUGCACACUAACUGUCUGGAGCUGUCAGUGUUCCUGGGCUGUGAUAAGUUCCCCCAUCAGAGUGAGCUGGUCAUUGAGUGGGAGAAGAAUAGAGAGGCCAUGCUCACCUUCAUGGAGCAGGUGCAGCGUGGGAUCAGGGGCGUGGUAAAAGACAAUGAGGGGAACCCCAUCGCUAAUGCUACAGUUUCUGUAGAGGGGGUCAACCAUGAUGUCUCUACAGCUGUAACAGGGGACUACUGGCGCUUGUUGAACCCAGGUGAGUACCGUGUGACGGUGCGGGCAGAAGGUUUCGCCCCCCUGACCAAGCUGUGUGUGGUGGGCUACGAGGCAGGGGCAACUACCUGCAGCUUUAACCUGGCCAAGUCCAACUGGGACCGUAUCAAACAAAUCAUGGCCCUGCACGGCAACAAGCCCAUACGCCUGCUCAGCCUCGGCAACGGCGGAACAAGACGGAACACGGUCUCCAAUGGUAACAGGCAUGUGAUGCAUACCGACAGAGUUACCGCCAUGGGUCCUGAGGCGCGUCGCAGGCAAAAGCAAAAGCUAGGGCUCGACCGCACCCGUCGUCUACGGCAACAGAGACUGAUGAGAUCGACAACAACGUUGCCCCCGACGACCAUGCCAGUUCCCCCGACGACCACGCCGGUUCCCCCGACGACCACGCCGGUUCCCACGACAACAGAGGCGGAGCCCACUACUGCUUGGUACGACUCGUGGUUCAUAGGAGAGGAGCAAACGUCGGCACCGGAAAGUUUCACGGACUCCAUCUUGGAUUACAAAUACGAGUACAAGAUCGACGAUUACUAAAAUAAACACCAAGGCCUUGUUCCAAUACAUUUACAAUGCAUCCUUCCUCCCCACUUCCUUGAAGAAAUCAAGGUAGGUAGGGAGGAAGUAUGCAUUCUAAGGUAUUUGAACAGGACCAAUGUCAUAGUCCUGAACCCAGGCUGUUAACUCAAUUCUUAGAGUAGAAAACUAAGUGACCCCUUAAAGGGAUAUUUGGGAUUUUGGCAAUGAUGCCCUUUAUCUACUUCCCCAGAGUCAGAGGAACUCGUAGAAACCAUUUUUAUGUCUCUGUGUCAAGUAUGAAGGAAGUUCGUGUUAGUUUCGCAAGCCAAUGCUAACUAGCAUUAACACAAUGACUAGAAAGAUGCUAGCAGAUACCCAUAGACUUCCAGGCAUUGCGCUAAAGCUAGUUAGCAAUUGCGCUAGCGCUAGUUUAAGAACUUCCUUCAAACUGCACCCAGAUACAUAAAAAUGGUAUCCACAAGUUCAUCUGACUCUGGGGAAGUAGAUAAAUCCCAAAGUAUCCCUUUAAAGAACUGACAGGUAGGGAUAGGUUUAAGCAAAAUGCCUGAGACUCCAAUAACUCUGGUAGCCCCCCAGCCAUCCAUUCUUUCAGAUCAACAAAGGAGCCACAAGAAGUGUUUAGGUAUAUCUGCAAAAACUGAUCAAAGGAAUAAUGCAGUGUUGAAUGCAAAAACAGUCAGGCACACAAGCUAAUGUCAGUGGUCUGUAUAACUGCUCAAGUAGGUCUUUUGAUACAACGUUAACACACACAAAAAUGUCAGUUUAGAGUAGAAAAAUAGAAACACUGAUAUCUGGAAAAUACAUUUUAUACCAAUUCAAUUUAAAAAGUUGUUUCAAAGCUUUCCGAAAGAAUGUACUUCAGAGAUCAUGUAGAUGUGGUGGUUGCAGAUUACGCACUUGUUUUACUAUCGCCUCCACCCUUGAAGAGUCAAAACAAAGAAUCGAAGUUUCUGUUUUUCUUAUAAAAGUGUGGAUUAAUUUACAUAAUUUUAACACAUUUAAGGCAAAGUCAUAGUAUCGACAUACAGUAACUUUACAAAAUGUUUGUUGAAUAGUAAGAGAGAAAUCAAAAGAGAUUUCCUUAAAUGGUCCUCAUAAUUUAGCUGAGGUAGAGGAAAGUUAUUUUUUCAAUUAAUAAAAGCUUGUUUACAUACA